GAAAGGCUCAGCCUCACAGGCAGUGAGCCGUGUCCCCCGCUGGCGCCGUCUCCCUGGUCGUUGAGAGCCGGUGGGAAACUGGACAGCUCUUGUUUUCGUUGGCAGAGCGGGAGAGGACAUGGGGCCUCCAUGAAAUCCUUCCGUGAGCGGGCGCACGCCUGCAGGGGAGAGGCUCUGCGCCGCCCGCCCGCAUUAUGUAACUUGAGGAACCAUGUGGCUGGAAAUUCUUCUCGCCUCCGUGCUCGGCUUUGUCAUCUACUGGUUCGUCUCUCGGGACAAGGAGGAAACUCUGCCCCUUGGAGAUGGGUGGUGGGGGCCUGGGGUGAGGCCCACAGCCACAGAGGAUGAGAGCAUCCGCCCCUUCAAGGUGACGACAUCGGAGGAGGAGCUCAACGACUUACGCCAGCGGCUGGAGAAGACCCGCUUCGCCCCGCCUUUGGAGGACAGCCGCUUCCACUACGGCUUCAACUCCAACUACCUGAAGAAAGUGGUCGCCUACUGGCAGAAGCAGUUCGACUGGAGGAAGCAGGUGGAGAUACUCAACGGAUACCCUCACUUCAAGACGCAGAUCGAAGGCCUGGACAUCCACUUCAUCCACGUGAAGCCCCCCCAGCCGCCCUCUGGCGGUACCCCAAAACCCUUGUUGAUGGUCCAUGGCUGGCCAGGCUCCUUCUACGAGUUCUAUAAGAUAAUCCCACUCCUGACGGACCCCAAGAACCACGGCCUAAGUGAGGACCACGUGUUCGAGGUCAUCUGCCCUUCCAUUCCCGGCUAUGGCUUCUCAGAGGCGUCCGCCAAGAAAGGUUUUAACUCAGUGGCCACAGCCAGAAUCUUCUACAAGCUGAUGCUGCGUCUGGGCUUCCAGGAAUUCUAUCUGCAAGGCGGGGACUGGGGCUCCCUGGUCUGUACCAACAUAGCCCAGCUGGUGCCCAGACACGUGAAAGGCCUGCACCUGAACAUGGCCUUCGUUUCAAGAAACGUCCACCUCCUGGCCCUUCCCUUCACCCGGCACUUCCCGGGGUUCUUUGGCUACACCAAGAGGGACAUGGAGCUGAUGUGCCCGCUCAAGGAGAAGAUCUUCCACAGCUUAUUGAGGGAGAGUGGGUACAUGCACAUCCAGGGCACCAAGCCGGACACCGUAGGCUGCGGUCUGAACGACUCUCCUGUGGGCCUGGCCGCCUAUAUCCUAGAGAAGUUUUCCACCUGGACCAACUCGGAGUUCCGCGACCUGGAGGAUGGCGGCCUGGACAGGAAGUUCUCCCUGGAUGAUCUGCUGACCAACGUCAUGCUCUACUGGACAACGGGCAGCAUCGUCUCCUCGCAGCGCUACUACAAGGAGAACCUGGGACACAACAUCAUGACCCAGAAGCACCAGCAGAUGAAGGUCUCCGUGCCCACCGGCUUCGCUGCCUUCCCUUGUGAAAUACUACACACCCCAGAAAAGUGGGUGAGGGUCAAGUACCCGAAACUCAUCUCCUACUCCUACAUGGCCCGAGGGGGCCACUUCGGCGCGUUCGAGGAGCCGGAGCUGCUCGCCCGGGACAUCCGCAAGUUCGUGGCGCUGCGGGAGCGGCAGUGACCCCUCGGGACGGCCCUCGCUGGCUGCUGCCCUCCGCCGGAGGCCCACAUCCAGGGGCAGCCCCCGGCCUGCACCGGUGCAGAGGCCCCAUUCUGAGAAACAGGUCUGCGUCCACCCUGCAUGCGGGAACCCCACGCUCACCCCCCUGGCCGUGCACCCCCUGCCCCCACCACAUGCACACGGGUGUCAAGCAACGAGGCUUCGAUGAUAAAUGAGUUUACUUGUGA